AUGAGACAACCCAUCGUCUUCCUCUUGGCUUCGUUCCUUGUGCUGCUGGCCGUGUGGCAAGCCGCGGCGGCGCGCAAGGAGAGUUUGCUGCUGACGGCCGAGGAGCCGGGCGGCAACGUGGGCUUCUACUCGGCCGACGGCGACCUGCUGGGCAAGGUCAAGGUGGGCUACCUGCCGCACGAGAUCAUCGUCACGCGCGACGGCUCGACGGCCUACGUGUCCAACUUCGGCCUGCACGACUAUGCGUCGCCGAUCGGCUACGCGGGCUACUACGUGUCGGUGAUCAACGUCAAGCUCCAGCUCGAGGAGCGCAAGCUCUUCACCUUCCCGGCGGGCGCGGCCUUUGGCAGCGUCCAGCGCGCGCCGCACGGCAUCAAGCUGUCGCCCAACGAAAAGGAGCUGUGGGUCAACUGCGAGUUCUUCUCGGCCGACGGCGUGACCGUCACGCCGCAGAUGCUCGUGUUCGACCUCACCAGCGACUCGCAGGCGCCCGCCCGCACCUUCACCUUCACCACGGGCACCAACAAGAACCACAACUUCAUCUUCUCGCCCAACGGCCAGACCAUCUGGCUCCAGAACGGCGCCCAGGGCGUGGCCCCGAUGAACCCGGUCACGGGCGCCAUCGGCACCCCGUUCCUGCCGGCCGGCCCGGGCAAGGCGGUGAGCGCACGCGGCCUCGUGUUCGCGCCCGACGGCAAGCUGGUCAUCUCGGGCGCCGGCGAGUUCCUCAUCUACGACGUGAGCACCAACCCGCCGACGCAGGUCAAGCGCUACUUCGCGGCCGACUGGCUGGUGAACCAGUUCCUCUACCCGUCGGUGACCCCCAACGGCAAGUACCUGAUCGCCCCGUCCACCAACGGCGAGAUCUUCGUCGUCGACUACGCCACCGGCGCCCUAGUCAAGCGCGUGCCCGUGUUCGCGCUCGACCCCGUCAUGGUCACCAUCUCGAGCGACUCCAAGACCGGCUACGCCACGGCCGCCCGCGGCGGCGCCAUCACCAAGAUCGACCUCUCCAACACCAAGUUCAAGACCGAGUCCAUCGCCACGGGCGUCAACGCCGGCCCCAACGGCCUCGUGAUCGUGGACAUGCCGCGCGGCGGCAUCGAGACCGACCGCGAGGAGUUCCGCGUCGGCGCCGUGCUCUCGCUCUCCGGCGCCGGCCAGCCCAACGGCUACAAGAUCAAGUCGGCCCUCGAGAUGUGGAAGGAGAGCGUCAACCUGGCCGGCGGCAUCCCCCUCUCCAACGGCGACGCCGCCGAGGUGGUGGUCACCUACUACGACGACUUCUCGACCGCCUCGCGCACCAACGGCCUCCUGCUCGACGUGCUCGACGACUGGUCGCCCGACGCCCUCAUCGUCGCCGAGACCGGCUUCGCCCCGUCCGCCGCGCUGCUCGACGAGCUCGACGACUCCAAGGUGCCGCUCGUGUCCAUCUACCCGCUGGCCACCGCCGCCAAGCGCGACGAAGCCGCCGACGAGGAGCAGCUCGUGCAGCACAGGAGGCAGCUGGCCGCCGGCGCCACCGUGGGCCACGACAGGUGGGUCGACAGCGUCCAGUACUCGAACGACUACGUCAACCGCUUCGCGCGAAAUGCCACUGUCAUCGACGCCCAGGCCACCAUGGCCGCGCUCGCCCUCGAGACGGCCGCCUUCCAGACCGGCAGGAUCUCGGGCUCGCGCUACCUCCACGCCGUCCAGGACCUCGACACCACGUUCUUCUUCGGCUCGCUCAAGUUCGACGACGAGACCGGCGCCAACCAGGUUAGCGGCGUGCCUGUCUUCGUCAACAGCCUCAUCGAUCAGUAA